AUGGAUUACAAACUUCUCAUUACUGGUGGUGCUGGAUAUAUGCAACAAGGCAUCAUCCCACCCCGAAACAUCAUUGCGGUAGUCCGGUCCGGCAAGCAAGCUCUCGAACUCUCCGCGUUGGGGAUUACCGCAGUCCAUGUCGACUUGGGCGACACCGACGCAAUCACUCAACUUGUUCUCGAGAAAGACAUUGACCUCGUAGUUCACUGCGCCAGUGCCACUGACGCUUCUCUGGCCAAGCCGCUCCUGUCGGCCCUGGGAACGAGAAUUCAGCAGACAGGCAAGGCAGCCUACUUCAUACACACCUCCGGGGCAAGUGCCUUCGCUGAUCUUGCAGGCUGGCCCCAUGGUAAGGUAUCCGAUACUGACCAAGUGCACGCCCUGGUUAAACAAAUUUCGACGCCAUACGUGGUUAGGGAGACAGACAAUACCAUUUUUGAACUGUCAUACGAGAACAAUGUCACAAACUUCAUUGUUGUCCCCCCUCUCAUAUUCUACAUCCAGGCAUCAAUUGUAAACAAGGCCGUUUACAAAUUUUCCAAGGAUAGCGAAUGGCAGGCUAUUCAUGUAACCGACUUAGCUCGAUUUUACGGGAGCAUAAUCCGCAGUAUAGUACACGGUAAGGCUCCAGUGGGUGGCCAGGAUGGUUAUUUCUUUGCCUCGGCUCAUAAACUACCAUGGUGGGAUCUGCUUCACUGCCUGGCCAGCCGCCUCCACGCCAAAGGGUUCGUUUCAACCGCAGAAGUCAACGUCUGGCCAAACGAGGAUCUGGCGGCGAAGAGCUUUGGCAUGCCUUUGGAAUUCGUGAGAAUUGGGUGGAAUUCAAACUCCAUUACGCUCUGCCAGAAAGGGGAACUCAUCGGAUGGAAACCGAUUUGGAAUUACGCCAUGCUUCUAGAAAAUUUGGAUGAUGAGAUUAAAAAGGUUCAGGAAGCAGGUUUAAGCGCGAAGAUGAUAAGACUGCCCGCAAAGCUGCGUUAG